AUGUCCUCCUCUCCGUCGUCGUCUGACGUGGCCAGCAACGAUGACCCAACAUCUCGCCGCUCUCUUGAUGGAGAGCGUAUUCUCGGAUCGCCUCCACCGCUCAAUGGACUCUCUGGCAAGCCUUCAUCCAACGGAGAUGCUCACCAGGACUCGGAUGAUUUGGACCCCGUGCAACGCCUUGAGCGGGAGCUACAACGCACGCGCGAGGAGAAGGAUACUCUUGCGACGCAAUAUCGCAACCUCCUAGCGAAGCUCACCACAAUGCGGACCACACUCGGGAAUAAGCUUAAGCAGGAUGCCGAAGAACUGGACCGUCAGGAGCAGCUGGUACAGCAGUUGACUGUGCAGAACGAAGACUUCGCGGUGACAGUGGAGACGUUGAAAGCGGAACUCAUCGCGUCUAACGAAGAGGCCGAGCGGGCGUCCAAGGAGCUCGAAGUUAUGCGCAGCCGCGCGCUGCAAGAUAGCGCGCAAGAGUCGUACCUGCGCGAGCGCGAGCUGCGGGAGCUCCAAGCCGAGCUUGAGCAAUGUCGAAUAGAACGCGACGAGUGGGAGCAGAAGGCCAUGCAGGAACACAUCUCGGCGGAUGAGGCGCGGACCACUGCGGAUAUACUCCGCCGCGACCUCGAGGCGGAGCGGGAAGCGAGGCAACGCGCGGAAGGCGCGUUCGAGAUGGAGCGAGAGAAGUCUAACAACCUGCAGUCUGUUCUGGAGGAUUUCCAAGCUGCGAAAGACCACGACCUUAAGCAAGCAGUGAGAGACUACGAGUCCCAGCUACUGCAGGUCACGCAGUCCUUGGCGGAGUACAAGAGCCGCGCUUUGAACGCGGAGCUGCAACUAGAAGAGUCGUCGACUAACAACUCGCGAGUGCAGGAACUCGAGAAGGAGGUGAAGGACAAGGGCUUCUUGAUUGGCAAGCUACGGCAUGAAGCGGUGAUCAUGAACGAGCACCUCAUGGAAGCCCUCCGUCGACUGCGGCGCUCAUCGACUGAUACAAACGUCGAUCGACGGCUCGUGACUAACAUUCUGCUCUCGUUCCUCACAACGCCGCGCGCGGACUCAAAGCGCUUUGAGAUGCUCUCCCUGCUCGCCACCAUCCUCUCCUGGAACGACGACGAGCGCGAGAAGGCUGGCUUGCAACGCAACAACCCAUCGCACGCAUCCUCCCUUCCCUCGCUGUUCGGCCGGUCGUCCGCAUCCUCACCUUCACUCCGGCCUGCGGAGCUCGACAAGACCGACGAGACUGAGUCGUUCUCGCGUCUCUGGGUCGAGUUCCUGCUCACCCAAGCAGCUGCGGGCGAAGGCUCCCCGCCACCCCCAAAGUCCCCUCGCACACCUUCCGCACGGCCAAACGGCUCCCUGCCAAGCACACCCACGCAAGCCAGCACGCGCCUAUCGCCGAUUGGUCUCGGAGGCCCGAAGCGCCUGCCGUCGUUCACCGCUGCUGCGAUGGCGAGCUCCCCAGACCUACAGCUUGCGAGUCCGCCGCGAGGGAAGGGCAAGGAGCGUGCGGUGUCGUGA